GGGGCGGGGCUCCGGCCGCCCAGUGGCCGCCGCCUCCCGCAUCUGAGGAUCCCAGGCGCGCGGCCGGAAACCGCGAGGCACCUGGACGGCGGCGGGAGCCCCUGGAGCCGUCGCACGGGCGUCGGCCGCCCCCUCGGCAGGUUCCCUGCCCUCCGCCGGGACGCGGGAGGGCCCGGCGCGCGACGGGGGCGCGAGGUGGGGCUGGCGGGGGUGGCCAAUGCGAAACUGGCUGGUGCUGCUGGGCCCGUGCGUGCUCGGGGCGGCGCUGCACCUCUGGCUGCGGCUGCGCUCCCCGCCGCCCGCGCGCGCCUCCGCCGAGUCCCCCGCAGAGCCGUUGGCCCCGUUUCCCCAGGGGAAACGCAGUCACUAUGACGUGGUGGUUGGCGUGUUGUCCGCCCGCAGUAACCAUGAGCUUCGAAGUGUGAUCAGAAGCACCUGGCUGAAACAUUCCCUCCAGCACCCCGCGCUCGGCCACCGGGUGCUGGUCAAGUUCAUCAUCGGCGCCCGGGGCUGCGAGGUGCCCGUGGAGGACCGGGAGGACCCCUACUCCUGCCGGCUGCUCAACAUCUCGGACCCGGUCCUGAACCAGGAGAUCGAGGCGUUCACUUUCCCCGAAGACCCGCCCUCGGGCCUCUCCAAGGACCGCGUGGUCAGCGUGAGCUUCCGCGUGCUGCACCCCAUCGUGAUCACCAGCCUCGGGGUGCUGGGCGGCGCCAGCGACGUGGGCUUCCAGAGGAACAUCACCGUCAGGCUGUACCAGGCAGAGCAGGAGGAGGCCCUCUUCGUCGCUCGCUUUAGCCCCCCGAGCUGUGGGGUGCAGGUGAACAGACUGUGGUACAAGCCCGUGGAGCAGUUCGUCUUACCAGAGAGCUUUGAAGGUACAGUCGUGUGGGAGAGCCAAGACCUGCACGGCCUGGUGUCCACAGAUCUCCACGGCGUGGCCAUCAAUGACGGGGGCGGAGUCCUCAGGGUCACCACGGCCGGGGAGGGUGCGUGGCCUCCUGAGCUCGCGGAAGGUGCGGAGGGCGUGGCCGGCGGCUUCAUUUACACGAUCCAGGAAGGUGAUGCCCUCUUACAAAACCUCCACUCUCGCCCCGGCCGGCGCGCUGCCCACCUGAGGAGCCUCCGCGAGGAGGACGCCUUGCUGCAGGAGGAGAGCAGCCGCCACGGCGAUAUUGUCUUCGUGGACGUCGUCGACACCUACCGGAACGUCCCCGCGAAGCUGCUCAACUUCUAUAAGUGGACCGUGGAAGCCACCAGCUUUGAUUUGUUGCUGAAGACAGACGACGACUGCUACAUAGACCUGGAAGCCGUGUUCACCAGGAUCGCCCACAGGACCCUGCAGGGCCCGAGUGUCUGGUGGGGAAAUUUCAGGCUGAACUGGGCCGUGGACCGGACGGGGAAGUGGCAGGAGCUGGAGUACCCGAGCCCUGCGUACCCUGCCUUUGCCUGCGGCUCGGGGUACGUGGUCUCCCGGGACAUCGUCCACUGGCUGGCCAGCAACGCGGACAGGCUGAAGACCUACCAGGGUGAAGAUGUGAGCAUGGGCAUAUGGAUGGCGGCCAUAGGACCUAAGAGAUACCAGGACAGCCUGUGGCUGUGCGAGAAGACCUGUGAAACGGGGAUGCUGUCCUCCCCGCAGUACUCCCCGCGGGAGCUCGCGGACCUGUGGAGGCUGAAGGAGCUGUGCGGCGACCCUUGUCAGUGCGAGGCCAGAUGAGGGCCUCGCGGGGAGGGGCUGGGCGUCUGCGGGAACUGAGAGCAGGUGCGGCCGGAUGCGUGCUGAGUGCUCCCUCGGGAGCUCCAGGCGGGCUCUCCUGGACCCUCGUUGUGUCACUUCAUGUUCGCAGUUUCCUCUUUAAGAAUCAACCCUGAUGCUGUAGCAUAACAGAAACUGUAUUUAUGUAUCGGGAGAUUUGAAAAAUACCAAAUAGUUUAUAAGUCCUGAUGCAUCGUUUCUAGUUAGCAUUCACUAGCUAUCAUUUUUGGUUAAAAGUCGGCUUGUUCAGAAAUCUUGAGUGACUGAGAGUUGGACUUUCAGCCUGGAUUGCAGAAUAGCUUCGUCUCGCACGAUUAGGACAAUUAUAUGGGCCGAAAAACUCACCGAAAUGCUGUGCGAUGCUGUGGUCGCUCUGAGCAGGAGUCACUUGUACCAAAGUGUGGGUUUCUGGAAAUAACAUCGCUUUCUGUGGAUGUCUGAGCAAAGGGGGCAACUUAGACCUGGGGAAGAGCCCGAUGAAUUCUCAGGUCUGGACCUUGGUUUUAAAGUUCAUUUAUCAUUAAUGGACAAAUGCACAGUUUUUUUUGCCAUUUCACACAAAUCCUGGGAGUCACAGUUUAGUACUCCUAUUAAAAAUGCGACAUUUUUGUGAAUAUAAGUAAAAUCAAAUAUUCUCAGGGUUUUAGUGCCAGAGGGAAGGAUAUUUUUAAAUAGUUGACACUUUGAAAGAAUUAUGCUUUCCUGCUGUCAUUGCCUAAAGUUUACCUAAUAUGAGUGAGAUUUGAUCAGUGCUGGGAAUCGUUUACAGCAGAAGAUAGGCUCCUAUAGGGGUAACUGCGAGAGGAAGCAUGUAACUAACUUUGAGAAGUGCUCUUACUCUGAGCACUGCGGUCGAGCAGAGUGAUCGUAGCAUGUCUGCUGUACACAGUGGAGGGUGUGCCCCUAAGUUUAAGGGACAUUUCCCUAAAUGACCAACCAAAUCACUUUAGUAGCCUUUUAAACCAGUAGUAUCAAUAGAGGAUUCCAUUAAACUGGUCUUAUGACAGA